CCUCCCGCGAGGGCGGCCGCACUGGGCAUGCUCAGUCGCCGGGGCAGGUUUCCGGGUCGCACGUGGGAAGCCAUCUACCCUCGGCCGGAGAGGGAGCAGCUGCUCCUGCGCACAACCGCGCCGCGCCGGCCGAGUCGCCGCAGAGCGCGAGAGGCGCCCGGGUGCACCGCGCCCGCGCCCGGCCCGAGCAGGAAGCGCAAGCCACGCAGGACCAACUGAAGCCGAGCCGCCGCGCCCGCCGCCGCCAGGGCCUCCGAGGAGCCGCGCGAGGUAACUUCAGUGCAUUUAUGCAGAAGGAGAUCUUUGAACAGCCAGAAUCCGUUUUCAAUACCAUGAGAGGCCGAGUGAACUUUGAGACCAACACAGAGCUCCUGGGUGGCUUAAAGGACCACUUGAAGGAGAUUCGACGAUGCCGAAGGCUCAUCCUGAUUGGCUGUGGCACCAGCUACCACGCCGCUGUGGCUACACGACAAGUGCUGGAGGAACUGACCGAGCUCCCUGUGAUGGUUGAACUUGCCAGCGAUUUCCUGGACAGGAACACACCUGUCUUCAGGGAUGAUGUCUGCUUUUUCAUCAGCCAGUCCGGCGAGACCGCGGACACGCUCCUGGCGCUGCGCUACCGUGGGCGUCACCAACACCGUGGGCGGCUCCAUCUCGCGCGAGACCGACUGCGACUGCGGCGUCCACGUCAACGCGGCUCGGAGAUCGGCGUGGCCAGCGCCAAGAAAAUUAAAGAGAUGACCUACAUGCAUUCGGAAGGCAUCCUGGCCGGGGAGCUGAAGCACGGGCCCCUGGCACUGGUUGACAAGCAGAUGCCAGUCAUCAUGGUGAUCAUGAAGGAUCCUUGUUUUGCCAAAUGCCAGAACGCUUUGCAGCAAGUCACAGCCCGCCAGGGCUUUUAAACUUAUCAAGCAUGGAGAAGGAACGACCCCAUGGCUGCUGGAGUUCCAAAUUAUUGUUUACAUUUGAGAUGGAGGCCGGGGAGGAUAACAACAGCCUUAUACCUCCAGACAGACAGAUACGGAGUCGAAAAGAAAAAGACAUAAAAUAAGGUGGAGAAAAGGGUGUGUGUUUUGGGGGUGGGAGAAAAUCUACCUAUUUAUAUCCCUUAUAAAGCUAUACUCUUAUGGACUUAGAGAAACUUAAGUUCUUUCAUACAAUAAUGAUUUGUAAUGUUCGGACAGAAAUGUCAUCUGUCAAGCUAAACAUUAGCAACUGUAAACUCGUUUGUAUCUGUACUUUUUUCCUUUAGCUCUUUAUUUACUUCAGUUAUCUUACUGGCUUCCCAACACAUGUUCCUUUGAAGACUGACACCGAAAUCUUCCCAUGAAUCCCAUCAUCAAUUCUUCUGGUCAUACUGCGAAUUUUAAAAACACGAAGUAACACAAAAGGACAAGUUAUUUUAUAACUCCACUGUGCCAUGAACAGUCAUAUUCAUGAAGACAGAAAGUAGAACAGUGAUUUCUAAAGGCUACAGGAGGGUGGUGAGAAGCAAUUCUUCAGUGGGUACAGAGCUUUAAAGCGGGAUGAUGACAAAGUUCGGGGGAUGGCUGCAUCAGCGUGAAUGGACUUUAAUGCAACAGAACUGAACACUCCUUUUCUUUUUUGCAGUGCUAAGGAUCAAACCCAGGGCCUCGAGUAUGUUAGACAAGUGCUCUAUCACUGACUUACACCUCCAGCCCCAGAAAUGCAUAGUUUUAUAAAUGGAAAUUUUAUGUUAUGUACACAAAAUAAAAAUCUGAACAACUGUAAACACGGGAAGAAAACCUAAAAGCAGGCAUUUUCAGAAUAUAAAAUUUUCCUUCGGAUUAUUAAAAUCAUUAAAAAAAA